CCCAUGCUCCAUUUCUUCUCUUUUCUCUCCUCUCUUUCUCAAACCAUCCUGCCUUUCUCCUAAAGGGUUUACCUGAUUGGGAGAUCGGUAGGGAUGCGUGUUGCUUUCUUCUGAAUUUUUUAGAAAUUUGUAAUAAUGUCGUCGGAUUCAACUACGAGUCCAUCGCCACCACCUGACUCAACGCCGGCGGCGGAUAAGCAAUCACCGCCACCACCGCCCACCGAUUCCUCACCACCACCGCCCACUCCACCACCACCGUCCCCCACUAAAACACCACCGCCUCCGCCUCCAUCGGGAUCUGGUGGUGACAAAUCCUCUAAUAGUCCGCCGCCGCCGUCUGGAAAUGACAAAAGCAAAUCUCCGCCGCCGCCGAGGAAAUCCGGAGAAUCGCACCCGCCGCCGCCGCGAUCUAAAAACGAUCGCCAAAAGAGCGAUCCGCAAUUAAAGGCUUCAUCGGGAAAAAGUUACGAUACGAAUGAAACCGUCAUAAUCGCAGCUGCGGCUGCUGGAGCAGCAUUACUGCUCUUCGUUUUUGUAGCUCUAAUGAUUUGUUGUUUGAGAAAGAAGAAGAAAACGAGGCCGGAUCAGGAGAUCAGAUACUACAGAGACAACAACAAUCCUCCCCAAAACAUGAAUAAUUACUAUAAUAACCCUUCCUCGGAAUGCAUGGUGAAGAUCCAGGCACCGCCUCCGCCGGGGAGCGCCAACGUGAGCUCUGAAUACGGCUGGAGGCCAGUGCCGCCGCCUCCUCCGCCAGCACUUACAAGCCAGGACAUGAGCUCGGCCGGAUUCUCAGGGCCAUACCAAGGUGGAAUGGGGACGCCGUCACCGGCGCCUCCGCUAGGGUUCGGUCAGAGCAGCUUCACGUACGAAGAUUUGGCAGCGGCGACGCGCGGGUUCGCCCAGGAAUAUCUGCUGGGGCAGGGGGGCUUCGGGUACGUGCACAAGGGCGUGCUGCCCAACGGGAAGGAAAUAGCGGUGAAAAGCCUUAAAUCCAACAGCGGGCAGGGCGACCGCGAGUUCCACGCGGAGGUGGAUAUUAUUAGCAGAGUGCACCACCGCCACCUGGUGUCGUUGGUCGGCUAUUGCACCACCGGAGCUCAAAGACUGCUCGUCUAUGAAUUCGUGUCUAACGGCACCCUUGAAUAUCACCUUCAUGGAGCUGGUCGUCCGGUUAUGGAUUGGCCUACGAGACACCGGAUUGGCCUGGGAUCUGCUAAAGGAUUCGCAUACCUUCACGAGGAUUGCCAUCCUCGCAUUAUCCACAGAGAUAUAAAAGCUGCCAACAUUUUGAUAGACUCAAAUUUUGAAGCAAAGGUAGCAGACUUUGGAUUGGCCAAACUUUCAAACGACAACUACACUCACGUAUCAACUCGAAUCAUGGGAACAUUUGGGUAUUUGGCUCCUGAAUACGCAUCGAGCGGGAAAUUGACCGAGAAGUCCGACGUCUACUCAUUCGGAAUCAUGCUGCUAGAGCUCAUAACCGGAAGAAGGCCUGUCGAUAUCCACAGCGACGACGAUAGCUUAGUCGACUGGGCUAGGCCUAUUCUGGCACAAGUUCAAGAAGGAGGCAGCUUUGAGGAAUUGGUCGAUCCCCGAUUGGGAGACAACUACGAUCGCACAGAAAUGCUUCACAUGGUGUCGUGCGCCGGCGCUUGUAUUAGACAUUCUGCUAGAGGACGCCCUAAAAUGAGCCAGAUCGUGCGAGCAUUGGAAGGGGACGUGUCACUGGAAGUCCUAAACGCGGGUGCGAAGGUGACGUCGACGCUCUCUACCAGCAGCUCGGAUUACGACCUGAGGAAGUUCGACUCGGGAGAGUCGGUGCGGCCAAGGAGUUGAAAGAGUUGAGAAAGAAUUGAGUUGAUGAUGAUACGUGUAUGUUGUACACUUGCGAUACAUAUAUAGGCGAAACUUGUUAUUUGCUCGGGCGUGAGAGGUGAUGGUUAAAGACGUACAAAUAUUGUAGCCUUUUUUUAAUUUCACAUUUUUAUAUUGUUAUAAAUGCCAUACAAUGUACUCCCUCUG